CGACUAGCAUCCUCCGUUCCCGCUUCAUAGGACCCAAGGUACACAAGUCUUGGAAGUCCCUCCAAACUUCAAAUCUAUAAAUUGGCGAGAAAGAGUCCCUUUUGCCUUCAAAAAUAAAAAUGGCGUUCUCAUUCCAGCUCCAACAAAUCUUCCCUUCGCCCACUAGAUUUUGCUCCCAACCAAAAUCAACAAACCCUCAAAUCUUCCCCAAUUUUAAAAAAAGAGCGUCGAUUCAUCCACUUGCCUCUGCUCAAAACAUCGUCGCCGUAGACAAGAGUUCAAUUAAUGAGGAAGUAUCGUUGCCUCCGGAACUCAGGCGAGAACUGAUGCCGAAACAUAUUGCAGUGAUAAUGGACGGGAAUAGAAGAUGGGCUAAGAGGAGAGGAUUGCCGGCUGCCUUAGGUUACGAAGCGGGUCUUCGAGCUUUUAGGAACCUUGUUGAGCUUUGCCUCAAUUGGGGAAUUAGUGCUCUUACUGUAUUUGCUUUUUCCUCUGAAAAUUGGUUCCGUCAUAAGGCUGAAGUUGAUCUAUUGAUGGACUUGUUCAAACGAGGACUGACAAAUGAACUUGAAGAUCUUGUCAGGAGAGACAAAAAUCCUAGGAGCAAUGCCAUUGGUCGAGACAACCAGUUGUGGCAGCGCUUCUACGACAGUGCCACCAACCUCUGCAGCUUUGCAACUGUACUCCACUUUUUUGUCCUAGACGGACGUUACACAUGGGACCAUGUCCCUCUACCAGGUCCCAUAGUUUGUUACAUCAUCAAACACGAAUAUGCACCUCUGCUGCAGCACCUACCAACCUCUGCAGCUUUUGCAGCUUUACAACUGUACUCCAUUUUCUUGUGCUGGACAUAUGUUACUCAUGGGACCAGGUCCCAUAGUUUGUUAAAUCAUCAAAACUCGAAUAUAACAUUUCCCCCCUUUUUGAUGAUGACAAAUUAUAUCAAGUUUGUUCCCGCUUUUCGAUUAUUGUCACUACUUGCAUAUUCCCCCUAUCAGUAUGCUUCCCUUUUGUCUCCCAUGUCCCUCCUUGCAUCAUUCAUUGUACGAUAGUUUGUUAAAUCAUCAAAACCCAAGAUACAACAUAGUGUAAUUCUUAUUGUGUGCUAUACUACAAUUUUGUAGUAUUGCCUCACAAGUCAUGAGUAGCCAAAAGCCCAAUAUUAGUGCUUUGGUAAAAUCAUUAAUCAGUUUAAAUUGUUGUCAAGACGAAUGCUUAAUGUGUUAAGACUGGUUGAUAGAAAACUUCGACUUUAAUUAACGCAUUGCUUUUGUAAGAUUUUUAAUUAGCUGAAAUUACUGUCGAGAUGAAUUCUUAACGUGUUAAGACUGGUUGAUCGACAACUUUGACUUAGGAGGUUCAUUAUGUUUAUAACUGCAACUUCAUUGGUACCAAUUCUUAUUUGCACUGCCAAAAUAUACAUAUUUGCUUAACCUCUCCUCUUUUCCUUCUUAGAGCUUUAACUUUGAGGUAUAAUGAUUGACUCUGUAAAGUCUAAGGAGUUUCCUUAUAUGCUUCAUU